UCUUUUCCAUCAUGGCGAGUGAGGCUGAUGCCUUCAUAAAGAAGGUAUCCAGUGCAGGAGAUGACUAUUAUCGAAUUUUAGGUGUUGAAAAAGGUGCAAGUGAUGAUGAAAUCAAAAAGGCCUACAGAAAGCUUGCCUUGCGUUUGCAUCCUGACAAAUGCAAAGAGCCCGGAGCGGAGGAGGCCUUUAAAAAAGUUGGAGAGGCUGCCUCUGUUUUGACGGAUGCAGACAAGAGGCGAAAGUACGAUCAGUUUGGAGCUGACGCGCUACGAGGUGGUGGCGGAGGUGGUGGAGCGGACUUCUCGCCCGAAGACCUUUUUGAGGCAUUCUUUGGUGGCGGAUUGCAUCCGGGCAUGGCCGGUGGCCAGACCUUCAUGAGGACUGGCCCUGGCACCUUCGUUUUCACUUCUGGAGGCCCCGGCAAUUUUCAUUUCGCCUCACGACCAGGCAUGCGAAGACGGCAUGCUGGAGAAAGGCAAGAGGAGGAGCAAGAGGCCGAACAGAGUUUGCCUCCCUGGGCAGCACCGCUGCAAGCGAUAGCAGCUAGCUUGGGGCCUCUUCUUCCCAUCGUCAUUAUCGGGGUAUUCUUUGUCAUCAUGUCAGUCAUGUCCUUGCUGAUGCAGAUCCUGGUGCAAAGGAUGAUCUACAUCCUCCCGGUCGUGUACCUCACUGAUGGCCGGACGCGGAUAUUCAUGAUCCUCACCAUCGUGCUCGCCUCCAUGCUGGGCAUCCUUUAGGUGUUGGCACUGCUGAAUGUCACCCCAGUUAAAGCUGGGAAUGGCCCCAAUCAGUUGCAGCAAGGCGAAGAAUGAAUUUUACGAAACAUGC